AUGUCAACAGAUUCAUCUAGUGACAAUAUCGACGCACUUACAGAAAAGAACUUGGUAAGUUAAUUCAAAUUUUUGAGAUGAUACGAAUCGAGUUACAUUUAUCAAAUAAUCAGUCAAAUUGACAUGCAUCACAUUUCCUCGUUUGUAACACUUCAAGUUUCAUGUAAGACGUUGGGAAUUUUACUCCAUAAGACUUUGCAAUCUCGUUGAUAGUUAAAUAGUUUUUGCUAAGUUUCCUUGGCUAUGUUUAUAGUAGGAGCACGACGUUAAUAUAACCAUUGUACGAAGAUAGAAUUUUUCAAUUUAUCAGACAUCGCAAUCUCUCUGAUAAUUACUUUAAUUUAGAGGAAUUAAAGGUUUCUUUGGGAAAAGCCAAAUUCGAUAUUUUGAAAUUCAAUGCCGUCAAUGUUUUCCCUAAUAACAAAAGCUCGUUUUGACUUUUAAAACUCAGCAUAAAAGAGAACAGACCUCAGCAUGUGGCUCUGGUUAAAAAAACAAAAACAAAAACAGAUAGUUUGGGGGUUUUUGAGAGCCUCGUAGAGAUUCUUUUUACUUUAUGCUAAAUUUCAAAAUAUUGAAUUUUUAGUUGGAAUUGAUUUUCUAACAACAGUUCACUGUUAUUGAUAGUAUUUUGCAUUCAUAUAGUAAUCUCCUUCCUACUAAGUGUAACACUUAAUUUGGCUGAUAUCACCAUGGUUGAUAUUUGGGCCACUUGGCUUGUUCAAAACUAUCAAUCAAUCAAUCAACUUUACAGUCAUUCUGUCAAUCAAUCAAUUUUCUUUAUAAAGUCGUUAGUCCUAGCAAGGAAAAAUGGGGAAAACAUGCCUCUUUAAUCUUUUGACUUCAGCACAUUUCCUUAUAAAUCAGAGAGGAGAAUUUGGUGUUACAUCAAGUUGACACCUUCCAGCUGAUAAGCUUGACUGUUCCCAUAACCUGUUUGCAAGAUAAAUGUAACAUCUUGGAAAAGCACUAAAAAGUAUUUUCUGAAGGAGGCUCCAUAGGGUUUUUGACUGUGCAAGAUCUGGAUGUAAGCAAAGCAGGAAGCAAAAGAAACAUAGUGGCUCAAUUUGGUCACAUAAUUGUUUCCUAAAAAAGUUGUAUGAAAACGGUGUAACACAAUUAAUUUUUUGUUUAAUGGACUGACUAGAGUCUCCAGCAACUGUAUCCAUUCCAUAAUAUCCAUAGACCUUCUAUGCCUGAAAAAGAGGUAGACAGAAAAGAAAACACUGGGGCAAAGAUUGCAAAACAGAUUUUAAAGGUUAAUCUUGCUAAGAUAUCAAUCUUGGCAAAGUGCUAUUAUAUGCUUUAAUAUUUGGGAGUAGGAAAAAGAGACCCUCUUGUCUUUCCUUUAGUAAAUUGUUUUUGAAAAUUACCAUUUCAAAAGAUUAGGCAAUAUCAUUUCCAUAAUAAGCCAAAGAAUGAAGACAUUUCACAAGGAAAUUAAAGAUAUUGAGGUAUUAAGGCCAAAGUUAGAGGAAUAUAUCUUCCACUUGUUAGAGAUGAUGUUGACAACCAAAACAGAAGCUUAAUAUUAUAUUGUUACAAAACUGGUAAAUCUCUUGAGGGAAAACUUUGAGAUAAAUUAUUAAUUAGGUUUCCUUUUGUAACUCAAGGGUCAGCAACCUUGAGUACAUCUGUAAAUUAAAGGGUUGAUUGGUGAAUGGAAUAUAAUGUUACUUGUGUAUUGAUUUUUAUCAUGGAACCACCUUGAUAGAUACUGAAAACUUUUUUUCAGGAAUCCUUGUUACAGGAAGAUGAAGGAUUUGUAGAUUUCUUUAACAAUUUUCUUGCAUUACCAGUAAGUGUAGUAAUUUUCUUGUGUGUAACUUGUUUCUAUCAUGAUAGAUUUAUAAGGUCCUCUUCUGGCAUUUGUGGUUCCUACAUGUGUAAAUGAAGGCUUCACAAGGAGUGAUUUAACCCUUUAAACCUUAACAUCAAUAUGCAUAUUCUCCGCACUUACCUCUGCACAUUUUCUGUGGUUCUAUUAAGGAGAAUUUGUCAAACAACAAGAGCUUCAGGGACCACUUCCUUUAUUCGCGUGACCUUACUGUCUGAUUCAGAGGUGAUAUUGUACAGAGAAAUUAUUUGGCAGUUACUCCUAGGGAUUAAAGGGUUAUGCAAGUGGUCUUUUUGUAACAUUUUAAACAUGACUUGUAGUGAGUAAUAAAAGGUGAGAUAUGGGCAAGCUGUUGUAUCAAAUAAAUAGAAAGUUUUAAUCAAGAAUAAUCAAAAUUCUAAUAGAGAAGUGUGCUGGAAAACAAUUUUAAUAUAUACCACAAAAUGAUUUCUUUCUGAUAUUUAGUGAUUGACAGAGUGUGUAAUGUCCAGUUUUAAAUGCUGUUCACCCACAGGAACUUGUAUAUUUAAAUUCCAGUUAAUCAGCAUAAUCAAGUUUCCCAGGUAUUUGUAAUUUUCUAAAUAACUUUUCUUUCAGUGCUUUGCAGAGCGUCUUCACUACAACACAGAACUUGGAGUUUUUGAGGAAUUUAUUGAAAAGUUAGCUGAUGAUGUGGGUAAAGGAGAUGCCAAGGCUGCAUCACAACUGCGUCAAUUCACACAUUUUAAAGGAACCAUCUACAAUGUGGCUGCCAAUCAAUCACGCAUAGGUUAUUAUGUGACUGUACUUGACAAGGUACACGGCCUGGAAUUUGUAAAGAAGCACAGACUGCAUCUUUUCCUUAGAAGUGAGCUUUAUGCUGAAUACAAACUGACUAAACACCUUUCAACUGUCCAGGUACGGUAUGCUCCCUGUACAUGAAGAACUAGCUUGACUAUUAGUAGUACUGCUCCAAAAGAACCUCGCGGGCUCCUCUCUAAAUCCGUGAGAGGUCUCGCACACAUCAAUAUGCAUAUUCUCCAUACUGUUCUUUAUACAUUUCCGAGGGUGCUAACAAGGAGAAUUUGUUGAACAGUCAAGAGCUCCUUUAGUUGGUGAUCAUUUCCUUUAUUCUCGUGACCUUAAUGUGUGAUUCAGGGGUGAUAUUAUAAGGAGAAGUUAGAUGCUCGUCAUCCUUAGGGGCUAAAGGAUUAACAGGGAUUGCAAAUGGAAAACUUGAAAGAUUAAGGCUAAAAUGUGGUAGCAACAGCUGUAGGCCAUUAAACUUUUACGCAGUGUAGGUUGAAACAAAUUGUUAUUUCCUCUUACAGGAGUCCUUCUUCCGCGACUUGCACCCAGAAAGUUCAGAGGAUGAUGACAGCGGAGUCGAAGAAGCCGCCGUUUUCCACCCUGCAGGUCGAAGACGGAGUGUUGUUAGUUUCAAUUUAACUCCUUCCUUGGGCGAAGCGCCAUCCCCCGAUACGGAUAGGGACGCUGAGAAUGAAGGAAUUAUGUACCUUCCAACCAAUGUGCGAUCCAUUGAAGAAACCUUCGAUGCCUGGCAUGAGUCAUUUAAACGUACAGAGAGCCGUGCUAGUAUGUUUAGCAGUGGGGAUGGGAGCUAUCGUAAGCUGAACACUCCACAGAUUAUGGAAGAAGACGAAGCUUCAGCGACACGAUCAACGUCGAGCUGCUUCAGUACUAAGGAGAGUGAAUCCUCUGCUUCAAACAACGCGAGGCCCGUCUCAGGAUUGAGCAUUGCUAGUGACAAUACUGAAAAGGGGCUGAGUCCUGCGGAGCCCAGUUCUAGGAUCAGUUCGGCGAGUACUGUAUCUUUUUUCUUAGAAAAUCAAAGUUCGUUUGUUUUAAACCAAGAAGAAUCAAAUGCUUGUCAUCUGGAUUCGGAGAGUAGGGGGGAUCGUCUUGGCGCGGAUGAAAUGACGCGCAGUUUGUCUUCAGCGCUAAGUUUUAUAACCGAGCAUGGGAAAGUGAUAGGGAACUCUUCUGCCCCAGGAAGUAUCAUUGGUGAAACAGAUUUAGGGGAACAAGAAGACGCAACAAGGAAAGAAGAUAACACAAGCGAAAAAGACUUUGUUGUCGAAGAAGCGGGUAUUGCAGGUCGAGAGGGCAUUUCUUCUAGAGAAGAGGCAGAAAGAGAAAGUGUACCACCCGGGGAGAAAGAUUCUGUUGUAGAGUUCGAGCAAUUUGCGGAGCACAGGAACUCAUGUUUUAAGGAAGGUAUAGAGGAGAAUCUCGCUAAGACUGAGAGGGACGGGUAUCCCUUAGAAUGUGAGUCUCUAACUGGUAGCAGUACGGUUGAAAAUACUUCACCUGACGGUACUCGGUCUGAAAUGGGUAUGGGAAACUCUGAGAGUGAUGUUAUCAAGGAGCCUCUGACACCAGAUCUCGGGGCACAAAGAAAAAGUGGUAAUGAGGACGCGAGGGAAAGUCUAGAUGAAGAACAAGUGCCAAGUAUUGAUAUAGAAGUUACGUGCAGUGAUGAAGAGGAAACUUUGGAUAAGGAAAUUGCUUUGAAUGACGACGCGGUUGAUUUAAAUUCUGUUGCUGACUCUAACAGUGGAGAGAACUGUGGAUCGGUCGCAGCACGCGUGGAAUUAUCUCUCAACACUGAAGAUAUUUUUAUCAUAAAAGAAAAGGCGUCUGUUUCGAAUGCACCUGACUAUACUGGGCAAGUAGACGACAAUUUAGGUGGAAAUGACGAAAAGCGAAAUAGUUCAAGAACACAGAGGGACGAGGGAAAACUAACUGUUUCAGACGAGGAUUGUCUUCAUUGUAAAAAUGCAAAACGUAAGAAUGUAUCUCCAACUUUAGAUUUGGAUACUUCACUUGGAGAACGCAGCACUUCAAGUAAAGAGGAAUUAAAGAAAGUGAACUUAUCGAAUGUUUGUUCUGAUCCUGGAGAGAUAGGGUCUGUUGACGAGUAUAGUGGACAUAGAAGCGCUCAGAGUGGAAGCAUAGCUGAAGAAAUAUCGAACACAGGAAUAUCGCCGUUAUCAAAAGUGGAUGUGGACUCGGAGAAUAACAAUAAAGAAACUUCGUUUCAGGGUCGUGAGAAUGAUGAUACAGAAAUGGCGACUGGUGAAAUCGAAUCUAAGAAACAAGAUCUCCAAGGAGAAGAACCCUCCCCGGGAAAAGAUUCCGAUGACGAUGACGAUGACGAUGACCGCGAAGAUGACGAUGAAGCAGGUUACACAACCGAGGCCAGUGCGACAACUCUUCAAGGAAUUCGAGGCAUCUUCGGCUCCAGACGACGUAGCAGUUUGGUGGCUACUUCGGUUGGUUUUGACGCGGGAGAUGAUUCAAUGUUCAGUGACGAUGGUUCUGAACUGGACGACAAACCGUAUGAUUUAGCUACCAAAGAAGGUUUCGACAUGUUCAGAGAGUUCCUUUUGGAGACAAGUGGGGAGAAAUUAUUACAGUUUUGGUUGGAAGUUGAGUGUGGAAAGUACUUGGAAAAUGAGGACGAAAGAAACAGGUGUUUGUUUUAAUGCCAUUGCUGUAUAAUUUUUUUUUCUUCAUGCGCGGGUAUGAUAUUCAAAAGGCUUGCAAAAAAACACAAAAACAAAAAUGAAACAGACCGAAACGGAACAAGAACACAUAGAAUUUCCUGAUGCCACAUCUUCCCUCAAAAUUUGUCAUUUUAAAGUGAAUAAUCAAAAUAGGUGGCUUCCCUAUCGAACAAAAAAAUUGUCAUUUAUUGACCUAUGAAGCGAUCUUUCUAAAAUUAGUUUCAGACAUAACACGGCUUGUGCAAGAAGUGUUGAAAGUAAUCCGGGAUGACUUUGGUUUUGCCCUACUUCUUGCGCAAGAACCACAUGUUACGAGCCUAGAAGCUAAUGAGGCUACGAGGAUUUUCCUAAACCAUGAUCUUCCACAAAAACGCGAUUGGCUAUGGUUUUGCUCCUGAUUGGUUAGCAAAUAGUGCGAGAUUUGUGAGCCAGUCACAGAGGGAAGUGAAUUAGGGCGCUGUUCGACCGAGUGUAGAAAAACCAAAAUCAAAUCAAUCACAACCGUCAGGCAGGUGAAAGGAGUAUAUCACAAGGAGCCAAUUGCAACUUAACAUAAAACAAGCAGACUGCCUGAAGCGCAGAAAAACGGACAUGCCUUAGUCGCGUUUGGCUUUAGUUUUGAAAUGGUUUCGUAGCGAAAGUGCUGCGAGUUUUCUGUUUUUGUCACACGGCGAAGUAGGGCAAAACCAAAGUCAUCCCGGAUUACUUUCAACACUCACAUGAAAAUUGAAUUACCCUAAAAUCAAUGCAAUCCCUUUUUCCUUCGUACACGUAAUUGGAAACCUCUCUAAAUUUUUCUCUCCCUAGAUUGGUGCAGUCUCUGCGUGACAGGUUUUGGAGAAGCGGAGGAAUUUACGAGUUCUCUGCAGUUACAAAAUCAAGAUUAAAUUUGGUUGAUGCAUCGACAUUGACUUUCGACAAGUUGUUCUCCAUUCAGCCUGACGUACUCAGACCACUGUUAAGUUACUGGUAAGUUCUUUCCUUUUUAAAAACUUUCGGUCUUAAGUUAAUCUUAUGGGGCAAACCGAGACGGGAACGACAACGAAGACAUGGCAAAACAAAAGAUCUAAUGGUCAGAACAAUAGCGUCUUAAAACGUUGUACAUUUCGAAGACGUCAUAUGCAAAACAACAUCGUGAUCUCCUAAACUGAGGUAAUUGCAAACAGAAACACCGACGGCUAAUUAUCAAAGUUUGCUUUUGAACCCCUGCUCAUAUACGUUAUGAUGAAGUUGAGGUGUGGUGACGACAAAAAAUUCCAAUGCUUUGCAAAAUUCUCACUCAAGAAUUGAUAUCAAUUUAGUUUUCUAAUCCACGUCACCCCCCAACUGCGUAAGGUCCCUUCCAUAUUAGUGCCAGCAUCUUGGACGCCGCUUCCUGCUCCUAUAUGGUACCCGAAAAAAAAUAGUUUUCAGUUCACAGUAAUUUCCAUCUCUCCAAAAAAUAAUGUACUGUGCGAUGGAAAACGACUGCAAAACGAAUUUUUGAUACCAUUCGCAUACAAAGCACUCGGUUAAAACUUUAAUUUACUGCUGUAUUGUCCCCACAGGUGUAUGCGUUUUACGAUGCAUCAGCAACGUGUUUCUCACUCUCAUGACCACGAUUACAACACAAUGUCACAAGACAGGCUGAAAUCAUGUUUUAGACGUGAGAUCACAUCAUCAAACCUUCCACAAGUCCCUGCGCACGUGGGUCUGUCCCAAGUUCUAGCGAACAAAACCUUGGCCAGGCCCCAAAGUAGCUUUGUCAAGAACCGGCCGGUAACGCAACACCAGACAUCCAGACCUCAAGUACGAGCCAAAUCUGCCCAUCCACGGCUUUUGCAAGCGAAUAAGUAUGUGCAUACUAAUGCAAGUACGACGCAAUUGCAGGUAGGUGACAAAGAACAGGGAAUUUUUACGUUGAGUUUUUGGACAGAGGAAUUCUCCCGAAAAAUCCUUUCAAAUCCCUCUACUAACGGUGGCAUGGGAAACUUAAAGGAAUGAAAAGAAAAGGUUGAUCAAAGCUGGUUUUAAUGUAGCUUACAUCGCAUUUGACUGAAAAUGAACGAAUAGCCAGCAGGUUUGAUCCAUGUUGUGAGAUAGAACGUGGUUGUACUGUACCACUGAUAUCUUUUCACUUUACUUGUCGCCUCAUUCCCAAGACGUCAUUAUUAUCUCUCAUUACUGUCUGCCAUACAAUUCUUAUGAUGAUGGUUCGAAGAAUUUGGUAUUGGAUCAACUAAUAAUCCCCUAAUUGAUAGCUCUCUUUAUUCUCGUCACUUUUCUGUUUGAUAUUGUUCAGAUAUUGUAAGAAGAAAUUCUGUCUUGGUCACCCAUGCAAGUUAAAGGGUUGAAGAGCUGUUGGCAUGAGUGCCCUAAAACCAGAAAUAAACCAGUAAGCAUAAAGUGAAAUAAGAACAUAGCAGACUAUUACCGGGAACCAAUCAGAGCUCAAAGCAGAAACCAGCAAACUGCCUAGUCUUGCAUCUGAUUGGUUGUGAGAGCUGCCUGACUUUUCUAGAACAAUGAAAUCCCAGAUUAUGUUAACAAUAUGUGAGAAAAUUGUUCUUCGAAGUAAUUUUUUUGUUUUUUUUCAGAACAUUAUUGCUCCUGUGAGGACGGGAUACGGUUUUGAGCAGCCUCCGGGACCGUCCUUUCCUGUUGAACCGGAACCAGACUAUGCACCCUCCGUUAGGCUGUUUAUCAACCCCGUGCCCUCCCCUGAUAGUAAAAUUCAGAGAAUGAUGAGGUGAGUAAAAUGUACCCUCGACACGUGACGCUUUUGACUGUGUUGACUCUGGCAGUAGACAGGACGCGUGUCACAUGUGAACUUAGUAAUGAAGUAGCUCACCACGGAGUUGAAAACAGAACUUGCCAAACUUUGCUCAGGGCAUUGAAUUCCGUUCGCUCGCUUUUUUCUGAAAUAUCUUAAUAGAAUUAAUAUUUUCAAUUGAUUUCGUUGUCUCUUAUUUGUAUUUUUUCUUCUGUUCUCCUUAUGAAGGACGCUCCACCGAACUUCUAUUUAUGUCGAGGGUUCUAAGCCGGCUCUUGCCAGAGAAACUGGAUCCAAGACCGCCGCUAUGAUGGAUUCGUUGAUACAGGGACUGAUUUACGAGCGGCAGACUGGGGACUACUUUAAAUUGUUUUUGCAGAAGUCAGGAAACGAGGUAAUUAGAAGACUAAUUAGUUGGAGAGCUACCCUUGCACUGGCGCGAUGAAUGGCAAACCCACUCAAAUCUUCACUGUAGGCAACCCAACUUCCAACUCCUUCUUUGGAGGCUUCUUAAGCUUGUCCUUGGUUAAGAACCAAACUCAAAGUCCGACUAUGUGCUUAUAAUUGUUAUGUGAAUACUUACGUUCCAUAAUUGGUGAGUUUAAUGUUCACUCGUUCUCUUGUAGACCUGGAUGAACUGCUUGGCUUUUUGGAAAUCUCUUCAAGAGUACAACGCGUACUUUUUUGCCGAUUCUCUAAAUCCGUCCCUAUUGUCAAGGAAGGCACGGGUAUGGACUAAGUAAUUAUUUCAAGAAGAACCUAAUAACAUAAAUAAAUCACGAAUAAUGUAAAACAAUUGGUCUGAAAAUGAAACAAAAUAGACGUCUGGAACAGUUGGAACAUAUGAUCGUCUAAAGAUCCCGGCUGAUAGAGGAGUUAACAGAGAACGUCAUUAACUCCUUACACCCUAACAUCAGUAUCCAUAUUCUCCAAACUCUUCUCCAUACAUUUAUUUUGGUACUGAUGAUGAGAGUUUGUAAUUUGUGUAACAAACAAAGCUUCUUAGGUUGGCGAUCGUUUCCUAUAUUCUCAAAAUCUUAAUAAAUGAUCUAGUAGUAUUUCUUUAAGGAGAAAAUAGAUGCUGGUCUCUCCAAGGGUUUAAAGGGUUAAAAAUGUUGCAGCACGCAGGACUUUCUUGGAGCAAACUGAAAUGGCCAUCAAGAGUAUCGUUACUUUCCGUGGAUAGGAUCGUAGUCAAUCGCAUGUUAAAAUUCCCCCUUCGCAACGACAUUUUCUGAUCCCGGAGUACAGCGGGAGAAAAGUGUCUCUCUCCAAAACACAACCCAAUAACCUUGGUUACAGCUCAGUUCAACUCUGACCUUUGGAGACUAUUAAGCCACAGUUGUUAAUUCCUGUUUAGAGUAUGCUAAAUUUGUAGGUAAUCUUAUCGGUUACAUUGAUCUCUCACAACCCACAGACAAUGUACGCCAAUUUUGUCGUAUCAGGCAGCGCUCAGGAUGUUCAUGUGCACAGGGACAUUCAGGUGCAGGUACAUAAAGAACUGGAGCCACCGUAUGAGGAGCUAUUUGACGCAGUCGAGGAGCAUGUUCUUCAUUCACUUCUGGAACCCUGGCAACUUCAUUUAGAGCAAGAAAAAAGCGUGUUCGAUGCUGAGGUUAGGUUAAAAAUUUUGAUUUUUGCGUCUAAGCUCACUGCUUCUUCUUACUUAAACGAACGCAUCCAUUCCUCUACGAGAUACCGGCUCUCUGGGCAACUUCUAUUCAAUUGAUUUCACCCUUUCACUCCCAAGAUCUUGCGUCAAUACAGAAUAAAUGUCAUCCAUUUUCAUUUUACUAUCAUCUAUAAUUAGGUACCUAAACAACAGACCUUGAGGCAUAUUGAAAUUCAAGUGGUGGCGAAACGAAGACAGAGCAUUAUUUCAACUCGUAGAGGGGUAAGAACUAGUCAAUUUAGAGCACACAGAGUAGUAUUCACCCACAACAGAGUCUCCCCUUCUUAACUAAAGUUAGAUCUGUUGGUGUUUUCAAGUUUACUUCCUUAAAAGUAUCGAAUGGUCACUUCUGAUUUUUUAAGAAAUUACAGACUUUCUUGAUGUUUGACGUAGCUUGCGAGUAGCUCCUCAUUAUUAGGAAACGCUAGGCGGCGGGGAGAGAUCUGCAAGGGGUCUGGCACUGAUAAUAAGUCACCACACUACCGGCAAACCUCUCUCCGACCAGUCCCAAAUCUUGCGGGCGGAGAAACACGCGUGCUGCAGCGUUGUUUGUUUGUCUUGCUUUGUUCUGUUUCCGAAAAACUUCAACGUGCAAGUUAUAGUAAUUGGCGGUUUUGCACGUCAAUUAUUUCUUAGAUCCUUAUUUUCAUUUGUGAGUCGAUUUAUAUCCUCACUUAUUUACCACGUAUUAUUUUAUUUUAUUUUUCCAUUUAUUUAUUUCAUAUGAUUAGUUGUUGCACGCUAAUUAUUUUGAAGCUUGACCCGGCCGAAGAGGAUCAUGAAAAAGAGCGAAUUUCUGUAGAAGAAGCCAACAGACCUUUCCCUGUUCCAAAAGAUGGAAUCACGUUUGAAUCACUCAUAAGAAACCGAGACGAAGUGGAAUACUUCAAAGAAUUCCUCAACAAGAAACAUAACAGAGGUGAGGGCAAGGGUCUGGAAGGGGAGGGGGGGGAGGGGGUUCCCACUCAAGACUGGGGGAGUGCUUGUCGGGAAUUUGAAAUGUAAACUCGAAAGGAGACUAUUUCUAUGCUGGCUGAGGCCCCACUUGAUCCCCUUUGGUUACUACAUAGAUACAUCAAAAAAGUACGAGCUACCGUGAUUUUGAAGAAGAUUUCACCUGCUCGAAACGUCAUUACUCCUUAUCCUUUCGUAAUUCACUGAAAGGAACCUUGAUUUUUUUCAUUAAGUUAUACCUACUGUACUAAAAACCCUAAGUGAGGCUUAUAUCAGUAAUUAGCUCCUCUUUCGGGAACUGGGGCACGCAUUAAAGCAACUAUGUAAUCGUUGGCUACGGAAUAUGUCAACUACAGGAAGUGCCUACCCAAUAAACUGACCAGCCGAAGCAUUGUAAGUUCUGUUAGAUCUCGACCGUGAUUAUGACCAAAUCUUAAGAAAACUGGCGAUCACUGAAUAGCGUAAGCAUCUAUAUUGUGACUUGUCUUGGAUUGUCUCCAGCGGCCGGAGAAUUCCAGCAAACCUCUUCGCGAGACGAUAAGCUUCUUCGGGGGGCGAGGUGGACCUCAUCAUCUCGGCAUCGUUUUAUCAUUACCUGUUCUACUUCUGACGCUCAGCAUCACGCUAUCUUGUGUUCUUAAGGUAUCAAAGAUCUCAUGGCUUGGACAGACAUGGAGACUUUUCGCCGCGUUCCCCGAUUCAUGGAAGAGAAACGUGACAAGAAAGCCAGAGAAAUUCGCGAGAACUGGCUCGGUAAGAAAUAUUUCUUUGGAGCUGACAGCCCAGCAACAAGGGAUGGCCAAAACUUGGUAGGAUAAACAGUUCAUGUUGUUAUUGUUCUCGCCUUUAGUCCUGUACUUAUCAAAUAUUACAUCUCUCCAUCCUCCCUUGUUUCCGAUUUCUUCCUUUCCCUAGUUUUUUUUGGUUUGUUUUUCUUUAUUGUAGCUAGAUAUGAUUCAUUUCUCGCGAAAACUGUUGUUCGCCUGUCAUCUCGCCUAUGUCGGCGGUUACAUUGCGCACGCGUUCGGUUACAUUAUUUCCGUUCAUAUCUCUGUUUCCUUGCAUCCUGCACUUGUCUCUUUUUGCCUGUUUGUGUUUUCCGUUACACAUUUUGCCUCGUCAUGUAUCGAGUCAAUUCUGUAGUUAUGGCUGUAUGUAGUUUCCCGUGGUACAUCUGUGUGUUGAGAGUCACUAGACACUUGUGGCCAUUUUGGUUUUCAUUCCGCAGGUUGUACUCAGCUGCUCAAUCAAAACCAAUCUAAGCAGCUGUUGUUUUCUAACUUUUUUCCUUGGAUGUUCUCUCAUUCACAGAUAAUGAACAUAAACGGGGGACGCCCGAUAAAGGAACGACCCCAGUCGCCAGUUAUACUCGAAAGCCAGAAGUUUGUUCGCGCGCGAAUUGAGCGCCGAUGGUUGAUGUUAUUUAAACAAACGGCAGAAUUUCUAGAAAGGCAAAAACCUCGCGCAGUUAGCGUGCCAGAGAUGGUAGAGGACAUCAUGUUGAAGAGGCGGCUGCAGAGGAGUGAAGCCGCCUGGAAGGUAAACAUUCUUUAGAACAACUAUUAGAUGAGUAUCUAAAUAAAGCGGGAUUGCGUGGAUUUUGCUUCAUUACUUCCGUUAAUUGGUCAAGAAAUUUGGCGCCAAUUUCUCAACCAAUCAAAUGGGAAAUUAUACCUAAUCGCGACUUAGUCACUUUUGUUUUCCCGGGCUUCUGUUAGUUUGCUUUUUCUCUUAAUUGAGUUAUCAUUGGCUCCUUGUGAUAUUUGUCUUUCUUCUCAUUGGCUUCUGUGAUAAGAAGCACUCAAUCGCGUAGGAUCGGUUACCUGCGUCAGUUACGAGUCUUAUUGAAGCUCUCUCUGUCAUUGUCCUUUUUUAUUGUUUGGCCGAAGUUCAACCCAGCUGCGCGUCACAUGAGGUUAAAUUAUUUUUGUCUCUCCAAUUAAGAUUUUAAACAGCAGGUGGGUGUCUUCGUCGCGUGACGUAGUGGCAUUGCGUCAGACGCUACUCAAUCCCAGUCUCGCUGCCGAAUUCACGGCUUUCGUGGCAAUGAAGGGAGACACCCUGGAAAGUAAUGUUCAAUUUUGGCUCGAAGUACAGAAAUUCAAGGUAAGGUUAGCACAUGUUUGUAGUAAGCUGUUUAACUUGCUAGUAGAUUAAAAUAGAUAUUCAUAGGUUUACAGUAGAAACGGAAGCAAAGUCCUGAGAGCGCUUACGAUCAACCCUUUAACUCUCACUAGUGACUAACAUGUAACUUCUCCCUACAAAAUCCAUACAUUAUCCAAAAAAUAGGUAAUGAAAAUAUUUGAACUUACUAGGUUACGAGGAAAUGUGUAGCAGGAAGAGGGGAGAACUAGAAAUAAGAUCUUGGGAGUUAAAGGGUUACAUGCAGUAAUAGCUUCGACAAAAUCUGAGUCGCGAAAAUCAGUUUGUAUUUCGUCUGAUUCUACUCAUAAUCGAGUAUAACCCCGGUGAAAACUAGUUUGGCAUAGUCGUAUGAGAUUUAGUCGUAUGUAGAAGAUUUUCAUCGACGUAUGAUUUCUUGUGUUGGCGGCUCUAACGAUCUACUGGAUCUCAACCAUUACGCAUUAUCUGGUAUUGGAAAGCGAUCUUCAGUAUAUAUUAGCGUUUUGUGUAUCUGAUUGCAUCUCCAACUCCGACUCUGUCUUAAAUGAAAGUCAAAACUGACGGUUUGACAUGUUUUGUAUGUGAAUGGCAAAUUCGACCAAAAGAGAAAGUUUUCAAUUUUAUCCAUAUAUGCACAAGGAUAGCGAUGCUCAUCUACUCUAAAUUUUGCCUCAUCAUAGUUGGCUCCUCAAAUAAAAACCUUUUUCCUCGACGCUACUUGUUGUCACACAGAUGUAGGCUAGGUUGCAUUGCGUUACUAAUGGUCCCUCUCUGUUUUAUUAACAGGAUUUAUGUCACGCACAUGCGCAACAAACCCUAAUUCAACGCAAAAUUCAGACCAUCAUAGACUGUUUUCUGAACUCGGCUAUUGCUCCUGAACUGCAAAUCGAUAUUCCUAUUGAGAUGGCUGACAAACUGAUGGAAAGGCUCUCGGGGAGGAAUCCUUCAAUUCAUCCUUACGUCUUCAGAGAGGCACAGGUAAAGAAAUUGGAGGAGAACACUGCCAGAGUGUCCUGGAAGAACAGUGCUAAAUACAAGACUACUUUGCCCCCCACCUUGAACAUAUGCAAUGCAAAAUUAAAAUGCCUGCUUGUUUUUCUUUGUUUCUCUUCAGAUGACCGUUUUUCGAGUUCUUUUUAACCACUGGAAGGAGUUCAUAACUCACCGGAGUAAAAUACCAGAGGGCGAGGAUCCAAGGGAACACUUUGCUGAAAUGCUGAGGAGACACAGGGCUGACAACAAGUCUAAGAAGGAGGCCAGUGAACGGAGGAGACUGGCGCGACUCAGUGCUGAAAGAAAAAAGAAAGAAAAGGAGGAACGAGAAAAAAAGCGCAUUGAAGAUCUGUCAAGGUGAGAAUUGAAAAGAAAGAUUGAUAAUGACGUCGUGAUGUAUCAGCUGGGUUCCCUCUUUGAUCUAAACCCUUGACCCUUCCCUUGGAUUCGUCGCUGAGAACGCAGUCGUGUUGCGAGCACAGCGUAAAAAAAACUUAGAAAAUGACACAGCGAACUCCUCUUCGUGACGGGUGAGAUAAGGUCGUGUGGUGGAAAGUUAGACGUAUGAAUGGCUUAUCAGUGCAAUUGUGUCCACAGUUUAUUUAGUAUGGACACAGGCUCCUAUUUUUACUCGGAAGAGGAUGAUCUACGCUCUUGGUCGUACUCCAAGCACUUAGUGGAGCAGGAGAGACAGGAACACAUCAAACGGCUUAGGGAACAAGGAAUUAUUGUCCCGGAGGAAGAACUCGUGGAAGAAAAGGGUGAGUCAUUUUUAUUUUGUUAUAAUUCGUUUCCAUGCUUUUUGUUUUGAUAAAAGAAGAUUUUUUUGCACUCUCGUGUGACAGAUAAGUUUGAUUCAACCCUUAGCAGAAGUCAUCAUCAGAGUCAAGUGAAGAGUUGUUGUCAAUUGAGUAUUAUAAGUCCAGUUCUCUGGUGGUGACUUCUGUUACGGUGGUCGAAACGUCAUUUACCAGUACAAACAGCAAUCCUUCUCAGGAAUAACCUCACCUACACUCUCCUACUUCACGCGUAGAUGAUACUCCUGGGCUUCAACCCUUUACUGUAUCUGGUGUUUUGUUAAAUUAUGAGGCCACACUGGUCUUUGAAUCUUGUAGCGUCCAAGUUGAAUUUGGAGGCGAGAAGUGGGCCUGUGUUUGACUAAACAUGAUUUUCUCUCUGUUUCUCGUUGCAGAGGAGACGAAAAGUCGUCGCUCUCGCGUCUCCAUGACAAAGUCCUCCACUUUUGGCAAGAAAGGUACAGAGAAUUAAUUUUCUGAUUCAAAUCUCUCCAUGUUUGCCGCUCAAGUAGAGCUUCCAGUCUGUGCUGAUAUAAGCAUUGGAUAGCGAUAUCAUUAUUUAAUUCUCUCAUUUUUUAUCGUAGUUCAUGACACAGCCAGUGACAAGAAAAGCAGUGAAGGUGAGCUUCAUUGUAGUGCAGUACUGUGUUUGUUCAAGCCUACCAAGACGAUGAAUUCAGUGUCAUCUGGGGCGUAGGCAUAAACGCCCCCAAGGAGGCAUAAACACAGAUGGCAGCCUUAGGUUGAGUGUUCUUUUCCCUGGCGCUUGCCACACAUCCUUUGCCCCUAUCGUUUUGCUAAAAAAUUUUUAAAUAAAAGCUUCAUUGUUGAUUGUUUGAUGUCAAGUAGUUGCUUUGUACUGCUUGUGGUCGUCAGCGUCUAAAAAUCGUCUUUGGUUUAGCUCCUUCUCCUUACAUUUAGGAGAAAUACCACUCAAAGUAAAUUUUCGAGAAAUCCUCGUUCCCCAAAACAGAAACUUACCCUCACAGAAGCACUUCUUUGAAUUUAACAAAUCAUUUAUUUUAGGAUCUUCGAGGAGACUUCAAGCAAAGCUCGGAAACCUUAAAAAGCACACACAUGGUCAGAUGUCUCCGUCGUUAGCUAGGCGUGGCUCUGCCGUGUCUACAGUUGUGUCAAUAACGCGCCGUAAUUCUGGCGUGUCGCUUGCACUGUCACGCAAGGAUGAAAAAAUGAGUGUGGCAACAGUAAGUAAAGAUGACAAAGGUGUCGAAAAAGGAGAAGAAAAAGUCACUGUCCUAAAGGAUACGCAGGAGGAAAAGAUAAAUCAAGGAAAAAGCUCUGAGAUUCAAGUGAUCCAUAUCGCCUCUCCAGAAACACCACAACCUCAUAACGAAGGUAAAUUGUUACCGCAGCGAUCACGCAGUUCUAGGCGACUUCUACCAGGAAAACAGCCACCGAAAUCCGCUGGAAAGAAACGCGUUCCCUUAGAUGCUAUUUCGUGUAUUAGUGACUACAGUGUUUUAAGUAAUAUUGAGUUUCAGCCUCGUGUGACGCCGUUAGGGAAAGAUGGUCAACAGGGAGGAACCUCUCUACUUACGUCCAAAUCUCUCAAGGACUUCACAAACUCGCCUGAAGGUAAGGAGCUUUGUUGGAAGCACUGUCUAAGCCCCGGUGCGGUUACUAAGCACCUGAAUGAACCAACUUUGUAACCAAGCUCUUUUGAAAGAGGCUUUUCAUCGCUUAGUGGUAAUGAAAUUAGAAUUUGGAUUAUGUUGGUGUUUGUAAAGAAGGCUAUAGAGGGUCUUCAGGGAUGGGUUAAUGGUCCAUGAUUACGCUGGAGGGAGGAGGGGAUCUUGGUGGUAACCUUUCCAACUAAUCAGAAAAUAUCAGCUGCAUGCAUUGUGUUGCUGCGAUAAAUUCUCCUCCAAGGAAUCGAUCAAAUUUUCUACACUUACUAUCGUUACAGGAGCUCAACUCUCGAUGCCUUUACCGCUGGUCAGAAUCACGUCAGCAUCUCAUCUUGAAAAGUCGGACACCGACGGCUCAAUCGGAGAUCCAUCGCCAUUGUACUACAAACCACGUCCGAUGACCCAGAGCCUCAAGAAAUCGCCCACCAGGCCGGGAAGGAGAAAGGGCCUGGGACUCACUAAAGAAGAAAUGCAGAUCAAACCGGAUGUAAUUGUGAACUAACCGACGAACGUUCUCUCCAUUAUAUUUUUUUCUGUUCCCGUUGAAGCUAGUGUGAAAUGGAUUUUUUCAAACUGAGGUUCAUAGGAAUUUCAUCUUAACUGUGCUAAAUUUACGGUACAU